UACACACAUAUAUUUUUAAACAUAUUGUGGCUCAAAUAAGUAAAUACUAAUACAUUUUAAUCAUGCGGUCAGUUAAUUGAAUUUCUGUGUUUCCCAAAUACUAACUGGAGAAUCAGUGAUAAAACCACAAAAUCGUAUUACAGUUUUAAUUAAUCAUCAUAAAUACAUAAAGUGGAGAAUUAUUAAUUACAAAAAAAGAACGAUUUAAAUUUGAUUGAAUGAAAGUUAUCAGCAUAAUCAACAUUUCAAUUUACAGUACACCCUGUAGAAAGUUGUUAGUGAAUUCAAAUUCGCAUGCGUGAGAGACAUUUCUCUUAGCCGCGAUUCUCUCUCACAUGGUCUGGUUGCUUGAAGCACAUUCCUGAAGGAUGUGUGGUAUAAACUUGUUGUUCAGCACGAUUUCCGUUCAGUUCUAACCCAUCCGGCACACGGUACUGGUCUCAGACUUGGACAUUCCGCUAGUAUAUAGUAAAGGACCAGAUUUUCGAGUGCACAUGUGAAAGUGUUAAGUGACUUUGGUGGAUUUUUUAUGUAAAAAUGAUUUGUGCGGACACCACCUGUCCUGAACUUUGUCUCUUCAUUUGGUACACAACAAAAUUUAUCAUUCUGAAGAGCAAUGGAUAAGUGAAUUAUGUGUAUAAGAGUUCUUCUGUGAAAUUUCUAUUGAUAUAUUUAUAUUUAAAAAAAAUGGAAACACUUUUCACGGGUCACAUGCAUGGCUUUCCACCGACAACUACGAAUUUGUCCGUUGGAGCAAUGGGAACUUCAUGGGGCGCCCAAGGUGGUUUGAUGGCACUUGGUGUUGUUCUUGGAAGUUCCAUAAGUCUUGUUGGACUGGCAUUUGCCUUCAUCACAUAUAGCCUAUUCUCCGAUCUCAGUUCGCUGGCGGGAACAUCUCUACUGAGUUUUCUGUCAUCUCUAUUUAUGGGACAACUUUUGUUCGUAAUUGGUGUAGGUGGUGUUCAGGACGCUGAGCUGUGCUUGUCUCUCUCCCUGGCACUGCUAUAUAUGAAACUGGCCUCCCUGUGCUGGCUGUGCUGCUGUUGUCAUCACGCACUUAACGUUUUUCGCCAAAAUGCGAAUUUAAUACCACGACCGGAACCCCAGAUGGGAAAAGCUUUAGCACAUUACAGUUUACUCGCAUGGGGAUUCCCCUUGGCAAUGGUGGCAGUAGCAGCGGCCUUUAAGUACAAGGAGCGCGAUGCUCGACUAACUGGUGGAUCAAUGAGACAAUCGCACGAGCAUAAUUCAUCUUCACACUGCUGGCUCAUGGAGGGCUCAGCCUACAAGUGGGGCUUCCUGGCACCUGCCGUAAUUCUCCUCCUGUGUGGCUUUUGGCUGGCCAUUCAAGGUGGUGGCACGGUUAAACUGACCGCUAGCCUACAAAUUGACUCACGUGCACGCAAUAAAAUGAUAAAGCGCCGUGGAUUGCAGAUUGGACUGUUUCUGAAGCUGCUGAUUUUGUUGUCAUUUGUUAUCAUUUUGGGUGCCCUUGCCUCCCUCUGGGCAAUACCAGAGUUAUGGACUCUAUACAGCAUUGCCCAAGGUGCUCAGGGAAUUGUGACUUCCGUCCUGGUGACGUGCAAUUGCCGUGUUUUGAAAUUGUACACCGCACCGCGUAGUCAUAGAAAUCGCAAAGGACAGUAUAGAAGUCUUCGUGAUGGCGAUGGUGGCAGAUAUGGUGUACUCUCCGUCACAAAUCCGAAUUAUGAUGAGGCCCAUGGACUCGGAGGUACAGACAGUGAACUAGAAGACAGUGGUACACUCAUUAAGAUGUCAUACAAGGAAGACCUAUUUACGGAACGAUGCGAAUCAAAAGAUCCACCCGUGACGGACAUACCGGCAAAUGGUGAACUGUCUGGUGCUCUAGAUAUUUCAGAAUUGGCUAAGGAUCCACCACCUCAGGCUGUAUAGGAUGUUCCCUUUUCUCAGACAUCAUCAAUCUUCCUCUGGAACAUUUUACCAAAGUCUAUGCUGAUUGCAUUAUGAAUCAACAACUAAAAGCGUGACAACCUUAAUAAUGCAAUUAUCGUGUACUAAUAUUGAUUUGCUUAUAUCACCCUCUGUAUCAUAUCAAAAUUGUAAUAUCAAACUUGAGCAAGAACUUUUAAUUGUGUAAUGUACCAUAUAUUAAACUAUUGAGAGGCGCAAUAUGAGCAAAAACGAAUGAAAAAAAGAGUUAUAUUUGCUGAAAUAAAAGGAAUUUAAAAAUGUUUCUACAAAAA